AUGCGACGCCAUACACAGAGUGCCCUCGCCAUCUGGCGCUCUCCGUUGCACCGCCCUCUCGUACUUCCUGUUCAGUCGUCUAUCCGGUUUCAAAGCUCCACCAACCAUGCCCCCGCACACCAACAAGACCAUCUCGCCGGUCGUCGUCGAUGGAAGAGACUGCAACAGAGCCAGAAACACUCGCUCGGGAUUGAUGCGCUAGGCAAACCCGGCGAGAUUGUGGUGGUACCGGAUUCAUCUCGUCGGAAUACCAGAAAUAGACGCAGGAAGCCGAACGAUGCGGCUGGGGAUACAGAGCGGUUGACACUGGGCUCGAUGCUCGAUGACCUGGAUGAGGAGGCAUCGCAGCUGACCGCCAGUGCGGUCCAUCAAGGAUUCGAAGCGUGCCGAGGAGCAUGUCAGCCCAACGACACUUUGGCCCCCGGCGAAUGGGAAGAGCUCCGAUCCAAGGUCGCCUCGUCGUUUACCUACAACCAACUAUCCGACUACCUCGCCGAUUCCCGUAGCAAACUGUCAGAGAUCGAUAAAACUACGGGCAGAUGGAGGCCAGGGACUUCUAUGUUCUUACAUACCACCCCCGGGGGUGCGCGGGACGAGGUCACCGAUCGCGUUGCGACGUCGCGAGACUUGAAGGGCAAGCCUCUUCUAGCAGAGCAGAUCCUUCGAAACUGCUGGAAACUAUCUAUCACCGAUGAAGUUGGCCAGCUGGAUCUUCAGAUGCCAUCCGCGUUCGUUGUGCUGCUCCUCAACGCAGAGCAUUUCUCGUUUGACGAAGUGGCCAGCCUUCAUGGAUCCAGCAUUGAUAUCACGAGCUCCCUAGGUUUGGUCAGAAUCACCGGGAAGCAGAAUGCAUGUGAAUCCAUCCGUGAAGUCAUUCUUGAUGCCACAGCCAGAAUUCGCGAGCAAGACGUCGAUAUUGAGGUCGGAGUCGAUACCGCUGGCUCGGGCCAGGUCUUCGGCUCGGAAUUCCUGGAAUGGGUGGGCAAGACAUAUGGAGUCGCCUUUGACCGAGGAUCUUCUCAUGUACCGGAGAAGAUUGUUUACCUUGCAGAGAAUGAACGCGGCGCUGAUGAUGCUCGGAGGACGCUCAACCUGGCCGUCAACGAAACCAAGCCUACCCCUGUGCCAUUCUCCUCCUACAUGCCGGCGUCGGAACAGGCCAGCGUAUACCACUUUGACCCCGAGGCAAACGCCUCGUGGUUCGAUCGGCAGAUGUCAUGGUUCCGUUGGGCCAUGUCCAGUGUUCAGAGUGUGGAGGCAGCGACACCAUCCAGUCCAUUCUUUGAUACCCACCAGACCAGGCUCUCGACUGCAUUGUUGAAACUUCUUCGCAGUACUCGUCCCACCAAGGUCGACUUCCAAAGCAGCUCCCAUGUGCAUGAAUCUGUCACCGCUGCCGCUGGGAGAUGUCUUUUUGCACGAAAAGGCCCCUCCGAAGAGACUGUCAUGACUGCCCCGCAACUGGGCGGACUCUCCCUUCCUCGAACUUUCACCACGGAGAUACCACGGAUUGCGCCGUUUUUGGAGUCGCUUACUCUAAUUCAGCCGAAAGAAGAGACUCGGAGAUACAACAUUCGCAUGACCCCAUCUGCCCGUUACGCGGAUGACGUUCCCCAACUUGAUGUUGAGGUCGCCUUCACCCCUGCUGAAAAUGCCGAGGCCGAAGACACGCUCGAAGUGCAAUGUGUGAAGUCUAUCUUUAGCACCAACAGUGUCGACUAUCUCCUGCCGGAGAAUAGCCUGGACCUACGCUUUACUCGCACCGUCUACCGCAAGGUCUCAAAAGAGACCCUGGCUGGAUCAUCGCAGUACGAAUCCCUCGUCCAAAGCAUCAAAGAAUCUUUACGGGAUGUCCUAGUCUCUGGCAAUGCGUCUCGUCGCGCCGUACCUUUGCCUGCAUUUUGUCAAAUUUCGGUCCCCGGUGAUCUUCGGUCGCUGGGUGACCCGAUUUCGACCGAUUCCACCACUGCCGAGUACCUGCUUCCCCCGCUAAGCGACAUCAGGGGUGCAAUGGCUCAACAAUACGACUUCGACGGCAGGCCGUUGACUUACCGUUUCUACGAGAGCGGGCCAUUCCUUGCCGCUCGAACAACGGAGUUGCUUUUGGAUAUGGAACUUCCAGACGCUGCCUCGGAUCCUGAACAUCAUCGACCCCAAGAGUCCGUGGAAAAUGACUUCCAUGCAUUCUACAAUGCCGCAUGCAACAUGGCAUUUAGGAUUCACAAAGCCAAGUAUGAGACCCUGGAAGUUGUAUAA